AUGUUCAGCGUUUUGUUUUUGUUCGGGGGGCGGCCCGGCCCCGCCGCACCCGUCGCGCGCGCCCGAGGGAUCCCGCGCGGGGCGCACCCCUUUGCGCCCCCCGCGGCCGAGAUGCCGCCCAAGCGAGGAAAGACCGUGGAGCAGAUCUACCAGAAGAAGACCCAGGUGGAGCAUAUCCUGCUGCGGCCGGACACCUACGUCGGCUCGGUGGAGAAGCAGGAUGAGCAGCUCUGGGUGUGGGACGCGAAGAAGGGCGAGAUGGCGUACAGAAGCUUGAACUACGUGCCGGCGCUGUACAAGAUCUUCGAUGAGAUCCUCGUGAACGCCGCCGACAACCUCCAACGCGACCCGAAGAUGAACCAAAUCCGGGUUGACAUCGACAGCAAAAAGGGCAGGAUCAAAAUCUGGAAUAACGGAAAAGGAUUGCCGGUCCAGAUCCACAAGAAGCACAAGGUGUUCGUGCCCGAGCUGGUCUUCGGACACCUGCUCACCAGCGACAACUACGACGACAGCCAGAAGAAGGUGACCGGCGGCCGGAAUGGCUUCGGGGCCAAGCUUACGAACGUCUUCAGCAAGAAGUUCGUCAUCGAGACGUCGGACAAGGGGAAGAAGUACAGGCAAGAGUGGACGAACAACAUGAGCAAGAAAGGCAAGCCUGUCAUCAAGAAGUGCUCCGGUGGUAACUAUACGUGCGUCGAGUUCUGGCCAGACCUCUCCAAGUUUGGCAUGAAGGAAUUGGAGGCCGCACGUGUGUGCAUGUAG